AUGGGCUCCCGUGCGGCGAGGUCCUUGAGUAACGAAUGGUCUGGAUUCUGCGCCACGUUCACCUCCGCUCAACUGUCCAAGGUGCUCAACCGCAUCGCCCUUAACUUCGGCCGGCUCUCGCAGUCAACCAAUUUCCGCCGAGAACAAUGCUUGAAAAGCUUCCUGGAGGACCAUGUGCUCCGGUCUCUGUCACCGACGCUACGGCUUGAAGGGCAGGGGCAGCUGGGAUUCGAAGCUGUACUGCAGCCUCUGCACCAGCGCGUUCUGCUGCUGGGGCGGUCAGGCUCGCUGCGCUCAAAGGAUGCCUCUCUGGUCCUAAAUGCGUAUGCAAAAGUUUACCAGUGCACGAGUCAGCCGCAAGCCACUUCGAAGGCACAAUGGGACAUUGUUUCCAGGAAGCUGAGGUGGUGCGCGGAGCAGCUGCUCCCCGUGGCGAGGCGGCUGGUUACGGAUAUGAACGAGCAGGACCUGUCGCUGGUGCUCAAUUGCGUGUCUAAGCUCGGGUUGUCCGCUGACGACCUUCUGAACGCCGCAAACGACGCGCUAGCGAACAAUCUGGUUGCGCACUACAGAGCCGAGUCGCAGAGUGGCAACGACCCAGGAGCCCCGGAGACAGGCCGCAACGUCAUAUCCCAACUAACUCCGCAAGGCGCUUCUCUUGUCGUGAAUAGCUUCGCAAAGUCGGAUGUUGCACUUAACGAUGCAGUGCUUAACCACAUUGUGCAUAGGUUCCUGCCCAGCCACCUGGAGCAGUUCCUGCCGCAGCAACUGGCCGUGCUGUUGCACGGUUUCCUCAAGUACAGCGUACCUGCCAAGGACCUGUAUGGCGCGCUCAAGCACCUGGACCGCUCUAUGUCAAUCGCUCCCGUGGAGAGCAACCCAAAGCUACUAUCGUCUGCGCUGUACACCUUCGGCAAAUACAACUACCUACCUGCGGAGCUGGUCAGGCAGAUGGAAACUGUCAAAGGCGGCAAACCGCUGCGUCUAUCCGAACUCGAGCUGAGUAACAUUUGCUACGGCAUGGGUAAGCUGCGGAUUCGUUGUGAACCUUUCUUGGAGAAGCUUACGGUGGCCAUGUCAAGGGUGCUGCGGGAGCUCACUCCUCAGGGGCUGUCCACAGUGUACUAUGCGCUAUCUCGGUUGGAUAUAAGGGAUACAACGCGUGGAAUCACGCGUAAUUCUACGCGUGACUCUGUGCAAACGGCAAUCAUACGCCGUUUUGAGGAGCUGGUGGAGCUGGACAGGAAAUCGGCUCGAUAUGCCUACGUCAAUCGCAACAUAUCGCAACAGGUGUUGCCCCUACACAUAGCUAACGUCUGCUUUAGUGCAGCCACCAGCUUAAUUGUGGACGGCGGCCUCUUCGCGCGGCUGCUGAGGCACCUGACACUGUGUUUCACGAGGCUACAUGUGACUCCCCAUUCCUACGCAAGGAACUUCAACGCAGCACCUGGGAAUGGUGGGUACAUAGAGCACGGCACACAAGGCGUGGCUUUUGAUGCGUUCGCACUCACUGGAGAAUCUGCCAACAUCGACGUGGCAGCUACCACAGAUGAUCGCGCAUGCACGUUCCUCACAACGGCUUUGGGCACACAGGGCACCUACCAACUGUUCUGCAUCUGUCAGCACAUUGCGGGGUACGCUGCCGGCGGACUCAGCGCACUUGGUCUGGAAGAGCUGAAGCUGUUGGCAGAGCUGUUCAGCGCUUGGGAACGAAUUUCCCGCGAUAAACCGAGUGCUUUCCUGAGUGAGGAUCCGUGCCGCUCGGUGGUGUUGGUUGACCCCGAUAUUACGACGUCGAAGAUUCAGAGCGGCGUGUUCGCAGUGCUCAAAGCAAUGCUAAGCCGAUCCCCCGAAACACGAGAGGGAAGACACGAUUCGGGCUUAGAUGAUCAAUGCAGUGACGGUAAGGAGACGAUUGUGGUUGCGGAGUCUCACGCGACCCCGUAUGCGAUAGACAUUCUCUUGUACCGUGUGUAA